GCUCCGACGCAGUUCCGGCUUCCGCCUCGACCUUCCCUUUCCUGUUGGGCGCGAGCAGACCGAGCUGGGGAUCGUGGACCCCUGGUUGCCAAUUUUCAUCGUAUCGACAGCUCUUUUGCAAAGAUGGUCAAUGUCCCUAAAACCCGGAGGACGUUCUGCAAGAAGUGUGGAAAGCAUCAGCCCCACAAAGUGACCCAGUAUAAGAAGGGCAAGGAUUCCCUGUAUGCCCAGGGAAAGAGGCGCUACGAUCGGAAGCAGAGUGGCUAUGGUGGGCAGACAAAGCCGAUUUUCCGGAAGAAGGCUAAAACCACCAAGAAGAUAGUGCUGAGACUUGAAUGUGUGGACCCCAACUGCAGAUCCAAAAGGAUGCUGGCCAUUAAGAGAUGCAAGCAUUUUGAACUGGGAGGUGAUAAGAAGAGAAAGGGUCAAGUAAUCCAGUUCUAAGCUUUGGAGUUCUCUUGUUACUUUUCAGAGGAAAAUGAAGCUACAGAAAAAUUGCCUCUGUGAAAUAAAUCAUAACAUUUUUGACUCAGA